CUGUCUUUGUAAUUGUGAGUGAGUGAUGCUGUUAUUGGAUAAUAAAAGGAAUCUGAUCAAAGAUUGCAAUAGCAGGUGUUGCCUUUUUGGGACCGCAGUAGCAGUGUUACAAAGAAUUGUCACAAUUCAAGCCAGAAUUACGUGAGUUGAAAAGUCAAACCAAUUAUAUCAAUACACGUUAGUUUGGUGAUAAGAAUGUUUGGUGAAUAGAAAUACUAAAACUGAUUUUGAAUAUAGUAAUUAAUAAGGCCAAAAAGAGAAAGAAAAAUUGAGAGAGGAGGAAAAAAAAAAGAGAUGAGGAGGAGUAGUAGAGGAGGAGAGAUAGUUGAAGUAGAAGGAGGACACAUAGUUAGAUCAACAGGUAAAAAAGAUAGACACAGCAAGGUGUAUACAUCCAAAGGACCCCGUGAUCGAAGGGUUCGUCUCUCAGCACAUACAGCCAUUGAGUUCUAUGAUGUUCAAGACCGCCUUGGCUAUGACAGACCAAGCAAAGCAGUUGAUUGGCUCAUCAAGAAAGCUAAGCAUUCUAUUGACAAGCUUGCUGACCUUCCUCCUUGGCAUCCUUCCUCUGAUAAUCAAACUCAACAACAACAGAAUGUUGCUGCAGGAUCAACUAGCUUGGUUAUUGGAGAACAACAAUCUCAAUCUAAUAGUGGAUAUAAUUUUCAUCUCUUAAGACACUUUACUGAUAAUCAAUGUGACAACAAUAAUUCAUCUUUCAUUUCACAACAUGCUGUUGAAACUGAUCCUAUACCUUUUUUUCCAACUACUUCUUCUACUUCUCAACCUAUCAAUUUUCAAACCUACCCUCAUCAUCAUGGAAUAAUCUCUACAAAUAACAUUCAUUCAACACAAGAUCUUGGUCUAUCUCUUCAUUCAUUCCAAGAUCAUAAUGGUUUGAUUAAUCCUUGGCAAUCACAGCAACAGGAUUGUCAGAACCAUGCAACUUCAAACCAAAACCAAACACUUUUUGCUGGAUUUGAGAACCAAUAUCAGAGAAUUGUUAACUGGAACAGUGAAACUACCACUGAUUAUGUAAAGAAAGUUGGCUUCAUGGUAAACUCACAACAAUUUCUUCCCCAUGGUUCAACUUCAGCUUCAGAAUACUCACCAAAUGAGACCCUUCAGUCGAACUUUUCGCCUUCGGUUCGAUCAUGGAAUGACAUUCCAAUGGCUUCUUCAGAGCAUCACAGGACAGAACAAGUUCAUCAAGCUUCAAUAUUUGGAAGCAGGUUUGUUUGUGAUGGAUUAGCAGGGUUCUGUGUUCCUGAUACAGUUCAAGGUGAUGAAGAGGGUCAUGGAGUUUCUUCCAAUAGGCCUUCUUCUGCUUCUCCUACUUCUCAUCACCAUUGACACCAAACAAUAAUUCAACAAUGCUUCCAAUGGUACUUUUAGCUCAAACUUUUCAUCUUUUAUAUUUCUUUAGCUUUAUGGAACAAAUUAAUAAAAUGGACACUUAUACCUUGUUAAAUUUCUUUCAUGCAUCUUUUUUUUGUAUGCCACUUAUUGAAGAUUAAAAGGACACAUUCUUGUGAUUCAUAAAAUUCGUGUUUCAUUCUUUUUUCUUCUUAUUGGUUUUAAAUUGAAAAUAGUUUCAUUGAACCAUUCCUGCAUACAUUUAUCUGUGUAUGUAAUUCUGCGAUUAUAGUCCUCACUGUUUGGUGAAUGUUGAGAAUAA